UGGGGCGGGGCCGCGCCUGCGCGCUACGGCGCUUCCGUCGCGGCCCGAGGGCGAGCGGAGGCGGGAGCCGGGCCCAGCCGCGCCGAGUCGAGCCGCCGCCGCCGCUGCCCCGCCGCCAUGGCCAGCUCCCCCGUGUCCCGCGUGGUCUACAACGGCAAGCGGAGCGGCGGCCCGCGCUCCCCCGGCGCCGGCAGCGAGAUCUUCACGCCGGCCCACGAGGAGAACGUGCGCUUCAUCUACGAGGCCUGGCAGUGCGUGGAGCGUGACCUGCGCAGCCAGAUGGGCUCUGAGCGUGGCCUCGUCGAGGAGUACGUGGAGAAGAUGCCGAACCCUAGCCUCAAAGCGUUUAAACCUGUCGAUCUGGGUGAUCUGAAGAGGAGGAACACACAGGAUGCAAAGAAGUCCUAAGGCGGGUCCUCCCUGCAGAUCGGCCAGUCUCCUAAGGUCCUCAAGCAGAUUUAAUUUGAGAUUUUUGUGUUGAUUUCCUCCUCUGGUCUGUACUCCCAAAAGCCUGUGGGAGAGCCAGUCAGCUUUGGGGCUGGCUCUGAAGCUACCUGAAAUCAAAGAUGCUCAGGGGCUUGCUGAGGAUGCCCAGAGCCUGUUGCAAAGGAUUCCAGUCCCCCACUCAUACCUUCGUCUGGCCUCAAGCUGUCCUUCCCCACUUCACACUGGUCUCACAGAUCUCCCAUUCUCUUUCCAUCUCUGCCCCUGGUGCGCUGAGUAUGUGGGCUCCCUGGGCUCUGGUGUGCAGCAGGGCAGGGCAGAGCGGUGGCUUGUGUUGUCAGUAGAGGCAGCGCUAGUUCUCCACUCCCUUCUGUGCACCAAGGAUCCACAAGCAGCACAAGGGUGGGCCAAGGGGAGAAGGAAGGAGAGUUGGUUCUGCCCUUUGCCUUGGGACAGGCAGGCAGCUCUGGUUCAACACCCUUCACGCAGGUCACACUCUGGCUGUUCCUUGCUCCCUUGUGGGAGAGCUUAAUUUGUACCUGGGCUGCUAGUGCUUAGGAUUCACUAAUGCUGCCAGAGCUCUUCAGUCUGUAUCCGAGGCUGGAUUUUCUUUGUGCUUAGAUUGGGCCAGGUCCCUGUGGUGCUGGAAGUGGAGCUGCUCCUUUCACCCUGCACAUGGAGAGAGACAGGGUGUCAGCAUUGGCUGCAGCCCUGUGAGGUGGUGGGGAGGGUGCUGGGCUGCAUUCAGCCACCCCCCAGCCUCAGUGCUUGGGCAGCUCCACGGGAGGUAGCAGCAGUGGGGGGUAGCAGUUGCUGACUGUGUGGAAAGAAGCUCAUUGGCAUCCUUGGCUGAGCAGCACUGUGCUGGUUUAUACUAACACCAUUUUCCAGUUGUACACCCUUGGAAGAGAUCUGGCCUCCACAGCUGGCAGAAACAUCACUGUAGGGGGGCUGCCAUAGUCCGUGGAACUUAUAUUGGGGCAGGGGGCUUUUUUGGGACCCUCACUUCUGGCAAGGCUUGGGUGGUUUCUGCAUCAUGGCCUCUGAGCAAGGGAGAACGACUGUGCCAUCCUCACCCAUCUGAGCAGAGCAACCGUGCAGGCUGUGGGGCUGCUCUGUGUCCCCAGAAAACCGUGGGGGAGCGGUGGGAGUAGCCCCCUGCCUGCCUGUGCUCUGAGCUGGCAGGAAGGGGGCUGCUGGGAGCUCUGCCCAGAGCAGUGGGCUUUGGGAGGGGUGCAGGGGGACUUGUGGCUGCCAUUACCUUUCCUUUGUUUUGUCGUUGAGCUAUACUGUUCCCUUUUUUUUGUUUUUCCUGUUGUCUGUCACUUGAGGAGUGUUGUAAAUAAAAACUGGUGUCCUUUUG